GUCUUUCCGGAUGAUAGAACAUAAGGACUGCCCAUAUGAACUUAGCAGUGAUCCUCGAAGUCGACUUGAGUUAACACCGUAAAACAUGGCAGAAAAUGAUGUUGACAACGAGCUGUUGGACUACGAAGAGGAUGACGAGCCACAAGUGGUUUCAGAGAGUGCCACUCCGGCAGGCAAGAAGGAGGUGAAGGGGUCCUACGUGUCCAUUCACAGCUCCGGCUUCCGAGACUUCCUGCUCAAACCAGAGCUGCUCCGUGCCAUUGUCGACUGUGGCUUUGAACACCCCUCUGAAGUCCAACACGAGUGCAUCCCACAGGCUAUCCUGGGCAUGGAUAUCCUGUGCCAGGCCAAGUCCGGUAUGGGGAAGACUGCUGUGUUUGUGCUAGCCACUCUGCAGCAGAUUGAGCCUGUGGAUGGUCAGGUGUCAGUCCUGGUGAUGUGCCACACGCGUGAGUUGGCCUUCCAGAUCAGCAAGGAGUACGAGCGCUUCUCCAAGUACAUGCCCACUGUCAAGGCCGCCGUGUUCUUCGGGGGCCUGGCCAUCAAGAAGGACGAGGAGGUGCUGAAGAAGAACUGCCCUCACAUCGUGGUGGGGACGCCUGGGCGCACCCUGGCCCUCAUCCGCAACAAGUCCCUCAACCUGAAGAACGUCAAACACUUCGUCCUGGACGAGUGCGACAAGAUGCUCGAGCAGCUCGACAUGAGGCGUGACGUCCAGGACAUCUUCAGGCUGACGCCCCACGAGAAGCAGUGCAUGAUGUUCAGCGCCACACUAAGCAAGGAGAUCCGCCCCGUCUGCCGCAAGUUCAUGCAGGAUCCCAUGGAGGUGUUUGUGGAUGAUGAAACCAAGCUGACCCUGCACGGCCUGCAGCAGUACUACUGCAAGCUGAAGGACAGCGAGAAAAACCGCAAGCUUUUCGACCUGCUCGACGUGCUCGAGUUCAACCAGGUGGUGAUCUUUGUGAAGUCAGUGCAGCGCUGUGUGGCUCUCUCCCAGCUGCUGGUGGAGCAGAACUUCCCUGCCAUCGCCAUCCACAGGGGCAUGGCCCAGGAAGAACGGCUUUCACGAUACCAGCAGUUCAAGGAUUUCCAGAGGCGUAUCCUGGUGGCCACCAACCUGUUUGGCCGAGGGAUGGAUAUCGAGCGUGUCAACAUUGUCUUCAACUACGACAUGCCAGAGGACUCCGACACCUACCUUCACAGAGUGGCCCGCGCCGGCAGGUUCGGGACGAAAGGUCUGGCCGUGACCUUUGUGUCCGACGAGACUGACGCCAAGACCCUGAACGACGUGCAGGACCGCUUCGAAGUCAAUGUUGCCGAGCUCCCAGAGGAGAUAGACAUCUCCACCUAUAUUGAGCAGUCCAGAUGAAGACCGCCCCCUGACCAGUGGACAACGACUCUUGUGUGCCCUUCUGUCCUGGUGUCUGUUUCAGAGGGAGAAUUAAACACAUUCUGCCCGUUUAUUUUAAUUACCUUUCCCACAUCGUUACCAUCCUCUUAUUUUAUUGUAUCCUCCUACGGGCCGCAGUUUUAAUUUCUUGUCUUUGUUAUUGGUGGUUGUUUUUUAGUAUUUUUUUUUUUUGUUUGUUUUUUUGGAUUGAUGGAAUAAUUGAAAUUAAAACUUUUUUUAUACAA